AUGGCUACCAUGACGAUUGAUAGUAAUGCGAUUAUCGGCAUUUUGACACUGUUCGUCACUUGCGUCCCAGGUAUUUGGUUCCUCCUGCGCUCAAGGGAGCGACUCCAGAGGCUGGAUCAGCAGUCGAUUCAAGAGCUAGAAACUGGAUUCUCUCAAGCUGGACGUGAUGUUCCCCUCGAUUCGCAAUUUGCACUCUCCUCGCCUUCUGUCGUCUUGGCUUUCUGA